AUGCCGAUCGCCCACAAUACAAUGUUUCAGCAAAUGCUCCUCGUUUUCCUGUUAUUGGGCAUCGCUAUGUUGUUCAUUGUUGCGGGAGCGAUCAUUACCUGCAAUCCUGACAACUAUACAAGUUUUAAAUUCGGGAAGAAUUUGGAGAUGGUUCUGGAUGAUCUUGUGAACCAUACAUCAUCCUCAAAUGGUUUCAACACCUCUGUCUCUGGCCAAAAUCCAGACAAAGUUUAUGGACUUCUGCAAUGUAUAGGGGACACAACGGAGGAGGAAUGUCUGAGCUGCUCAAAACAAGCAAUCUCCACCGCUCGCGAGCUUUGUGGAAAUGCCACUGGAAGUAAAUUAUGUCUGGACAAGUGCUUCUUACGCUACAAGAAUUUUAGCUUCGUCGGAAAACUGAAUACCGAUGAGAAGCCUUUUUCCAAUCCAGUGAAGAUUAAGGAUGACCCUGAUGGGUUUAGUGUGGCAGUUCAGGCACUUUUCAGAAAUCUGACAGAUGACGCCCUUCGAUCUCCUAUUCGAUAUGCUUCUGGACAAACAAGCGCUCCUUCAUUUAACCAGAUAUUCGGUAUUCUUCAGUGCUGGAGAGAUAUAACUUCUGUUGAAGACUGCAACACAUGCUUAAAACUUGCAAUUCAUUCGAUGUUAGGGGCAACGGAUAAUGGAACUCAUGAAGGAGGUCAGGGUUGCUUGGGAAGUUGUGUUGCUCAUUAUAAAAUUAGACCAUUCUUUACUCCUGCGCCUCCUCCGCCUUCCCUCCAAAUGCCAUCUCAACAACCGAUUCAGCAGCCACUUAUAACACCCAGUAAUAUGCAUAUCGAUAUUCUCUUAAAAGCUAAUUUUACUUAUCUUGCUAUAGUGGGCAAUGCGAUUGACUAG